AUGUAUCAAAACGGAGAGAAUCUCCGUUCAAAUGAUGUCGGUGACGAGAAAACUGACAAGAUUGAGGCAGAAUCGAAGAAGAAAUCUUUGUGGCCUGAGAAGGUGACCUUGCCAAGCAUUCAAGCAACAGUGAUUCAAGCGCUGCCGAGCGUUCAGCAAGCACUUCCAAGCCUGCAGCCGGCAGAGAAGCUAAAUCUACCAAAAAUUCAGUCGUCGGAGAGAAAAGCGCCACCCAGGCCUAGCUCUGCAGUGAAGCGAACUCUACCGAGUAUUCCAACCAUCGGGGAAUUAAGUCUACCCAGCAUCCAAGCAAACGCUGCUACUUCAAUGACACACAUGCUGUCGAUUCUUCCAACGAUUGAAGAGAAGGCUAAACCGAGUGCUCCAAAGCCCGAGCUGAAAGGGCGACCAACGGUUAAAUCGGCAGUGAGACGAAUACUGCCUGACAUUCCUCCACUAGAGGAUCUCACUCUGCCGAGUAUUGAACCGACCGUAGUUAUAGUGCAGCCAAACGUUCGGUCGCGUCGGAGACGCCUACUUCCGAUCCUUCCAACAAUCAUAGAACAGACGUCGCCAAUACCCUCAGAAGAGGACGCAACCAAGGAAGGUGUUCACUCCAUGAUAAACGGUGCGUCUCAAGGUCCUGAGGCGAAAGAAAAAGACAGCUCUUCAUCCAGUGCUCCGUCGGUUGCGGAACGAGCGCAAACAAGCCUUCAAUCAGCAGAGAAGGAAACGCUCCCAUGCGGGAUGGAGGAAUUGCAGAAGCCGAAGAAGAAGGCUUCAAAAAAAGGCUCAAAAAGACCUCGGAAACUUUCGAAAGGGACCCAGACAAUGUUGCAAUCAGCAGAGGAAAAAGUGAUGCCGAGUCUUAAACCGAUAAAGGAUAAACCUCCGGAGAACUUUGGAACAACAGUGGAGCAUCCUCUUCAGACAGCUCCGACAGCGACGAGUUCUAAGGAGAAUCAGCCGAGACAAAGUGGCACCCUGUCGAUUGUUCAAGCUGAGAGAGGUCCUGAACAGCCAGUGAAAAAAGCUAUGGCUGAGGUGAAGCCGCUAGCAACAGAGUCCUCGCUGAGCCCGCAGCCUACUUUGGAACAAGCUCUUCCAAGUCCUCCAAUAACGAGGCGAACCAAGAAGAGUCGUCCAGAGUCAGUCCCGCCACUUAACUUGGACCAACUAUGUCCAAAGUCUCCGCCAGCGAGGCGAUUAAAGUUAAGUCCUCAGGCUCCAGAACCACUGGGAAACGUUCAAGGAGCCGCGAGACAAACUCAGAAGAAUACAAAAGCGAAGCGGUUAGUCCCACCGCUUAACUUGGACCACAUAAGUCCAAAGCUUCCAGUAGCGCGGCGAAUGAAGUUAAGUCCUCAGACUACAAAUGUAGAACCACUGGGGAACGUUCAAGGAGCAGAGAGACAAAACCAGACGAAGGAAAAAGCAAAGCGGUUAGUUCCAUCGCAUAACUUGGAAAACAUUAGUCCAAAGCCUCCGGCAGCGAGGCGAAUGGAGCUAAGUCCUCAGACUACAAAUGUAGAACCACUGGGGAACGUUCAAGGAGCAGAGAGACAAAUCCAGACGAAGGAAAAAGCAAAGCGGUUAGUCCCAUCGCUUAACUUGGAGCACAUAAGUCCAAGUCGUCCGGCAGCGAGGCGAAUGAAGUCAAGUCCUCAGACUACAGAUGUAAAACCACAGGGGAACGUUCAAAGAGCAGCGAGACAAACCCCGACGAAGGCAGAAACAAAGCGGUUAGUUCCACCGCUAAACUUGGAGCACACAAAUCCAAAGCCUCCGGCAGCCAGGCGAAUGAAGUUAAGUUCUCAGGCUACAAAAGUAGAACCACUGGGGAACGUUCAAGGAGCAGCGAGACAAACCCAGACGAAGGCAGAAGGGCUGUUCAGCCCGCAACAAACACCGGAACAUAAGAUUCCAAAGCCUCCGGUGGCGAGGCGAAUGAGGUUAAGUUCUCAAACCACGAGAGAAACAUUGAGGAGCGUUCAAGGGACAAAAAGCCAGACGAAAGUUGAGUCGCUAUUGAGCCCACAAUAUACACCGGAGCAUAAUUUUCCAAGACCUCCUGCAACGAGGCCAUCAAAGGUUAGUCCUCAAGCCACGGAGGGCAAACCACUGAAAAGUGUUCCAGGAACAUUACCGGAAACCCUGACGAAGAGUGAAACAGUGUUGAACCCACAGCAUACCCUGGAUCACAAUCCUCCUAGGCCUGCACCGGCGAGGCCAACCAGGGCUAAUCUAACGGUUACAGAUUCAGAAGAAGUGCCUAGUGUCUCUUCCCGAAAGAAAGAAACACCGCCAAACGAACAACCGAAGCCAGGGACGUAUGCGUUUCUGAACCUUAAGCGGCGAGAGUUCGAAGCGCUGCAACGUCUGGAACGUAUGGCGAAACAAUGCCGAGCAAAUGACCAGCCGGUAGGGAAAGGACGACAACCGCGCGAUCUUCUGACCGUAAAGUCAGCCUUGCCCGGAAUUCAGUCAACAAAAGAGGGGGCAGCAUUGCUCAAGCCUCAUCCGCCAGCGGCAAACUUCACAAAGAAAGGACUGCCGAGCGUUCGACCGACUGUGAAACGACCACGCCCAAAAAUCCGAGCGCCGUUCGACCGACAGUUGACGAACCUUCAACCGGCUGUGAAGCAAGCUCUACCGAGUAUUAGCUCCUCGAACCUACAUACCCUGGUGAAGCAACCACUACCAAGUGUGCAACCCGAUGAGACAUCAAAUUUUCAACCCAUGGUCGAGGAGACCGAGCAAAGCUCUCAAUCUGGGUAUUUGCCGGGUUCAGAACGGCAGUAA